CGGCUCGGAGUGACGCAUCCUCCCAUCAGCUGUUUUUGUUUUGCAGUGAGAAUAUUGAAAGUUAAUAACACAAUAAUAAGACCGUGCGCUGAGCGGAGGAGGCGGCUCGGUGAGGAGGGGUUGUUUUCGGGUCUUUUGUUGGGCUCAGUCCGCUCUGUGUGUUUGUGUGUGAGAGAUGUGUACCACCUGAACCUCAGCCCCGGACAUUCCUCUCCCCGGAGAAGAGUGUGAGCGUGGCGCUUGGAGAACCAGAGGAAGGGGGGGGAAGCGGGGAUCGACCCGAGCCUAAAGGCCUCCGACCUCGGCCGGCGAGACGGGGAGCGAGCUCGGCGGCUCGGAUGGAGACCCAGGACCUGCCGGAGGGCCCCGCGGCGGACCGAGGCUUCAUCUGCGCCUCCUUCAACCAGGACACCACUUCUCUGUCUGUGGGCACCAAGACGGGCUACCAGCUCUUCUCAGUCACUGCUGUGGACAAACUAGAUUGCAUCCAUGAGGGAGUCGAAUGUUCGGAGGUGUAUAUAGUGGAGCGGCUGUUUUCCAGCAGUCUGGUGGUGGUGGUCAGCCUGUCCAUGCCGCGGCGAAUGAACGUCUACCACUUCAAGAAGGGCACAGAGAUAUGCAACUACAGCUACUCCAAUGACAUCCUGUCCGUCAGGCUCAACAGACAGCGGCUGGUGGUGUGCCUGGAGGAAUCCAUCUACAUCCACAAUAUCAAAGACAUGAAACUACUCAAGACCCUGCUCAACACACCCAUCAACCCCUCGGGUCUCUGCGCUCUUUCCAUCAACCACAGUAACUCCUACCUGGCGUACCCUGGCAGUGCCACCAUCGGGGAGAUCACGAUAUAUGAUGCCAACAACCUGAGCACUGUGACGCUGAUUCAGGCCCACGACAGUCCCUUGGCCGCCCUCACCUUCAACCCCUCUGGAACCAAACUGGCCAGCGCCUCAGAGAAGGGUACUGUUAUUAGAGUCUUUGGCAUUCCUGAAGGACAGAGACUGUAUGAAUUCCGGCGAGGGAUGAAGAGGUAUGUCAGUAUCAGUUCCUUGUCCUUCAGUGCCGAUGCCCAGUUCUUGUGCGCCUCCAGCAACACUGAGACGGUUCAUAUCUUUAAACUGGAGCAGCACAGCCCGAGUCAAGAUGAGGAGUCUCCUACAUGGUCAGCGUAUAUGGGUAAAAUGUUCACAGCAGCCAGCACCUAUUUGCCCGCUCAGGUGUCCGACAUGAUGCAUCAGGACAGAGCCUUUGCGACUGUACGCCUCAACAUGUUCGGCCUAAAGAACAUCUGCGCCCUGGCCACGAUUCAGAAGCUCCCUCGCCUGCUGGUGGCGUCCUCGGACGGAUUUCUCUACAUCUAUAAUGUGGAUCCACAGGACGGAGGCGAUUGUGUCCUUGUCCAAAGACACAGGCUGUUUGACUCCGGCGAGGAGCAGGUGGAACAGAGCGAAGAGGACAAAACGGAGGAUGUCCCUCCCCAACCAGCCAGCCAAUCAUACGCUGCCACUGUGGCACUCCCUUCAACCCCACCCUCCGCCACCACUCUCAUGGGUUACUCUGAAGAUGGUGGAGCCCAGAAAGGCGACGUCAUCCCGGAGCAUGAAUUCGCCGAGAGCCCCGUCUGUCUGGAUGAUGAGAAUGAGUUUCCCCCAGUCGGCAACCAGAGUAACUGACCAAACCCCCCCCCACCACCACCACCAUGAACCCACCCAUCCCUGCGAACAGUCCGACUCAACUUGCUUGGAGCAUGGAUGGAGGCUGGAAAACUUCAAACAUAUUCCUGACAUGUUGAGACAUUGUGGCACCCCCCACUUCACCUUCCCACAUGUACCUCUGCUGGCCUUGGGUCAAAUCUGCAUCCCUCUCACUUUUGUAAGGAAUAUUUUUUAAAAAAAAACAGUCUUUUCAAGCUUUUUGCUGAAACAGAUUAAAAGCCUGUCUGAGAAGUCCCAAUGUUAGCUCCCCUAUUCCGCCAUAAAAAAACUGCUCUCUCAUCCCUCGUUCCCUCUUUAAAUAAGGACCUGACAUCACAGUGACAUCAUACUAUCAUGGUAGCAACCAGCUGAGCAUGUGAUUGGUCCAGCAGAAUAUAAAAUCCGGGCCACACUCACAUCUUUUGAGAGAUACUAAAGUCGCUUUAGAAGCUUCUUGCAAGUGCUAUAGACAAUAAUCUAAAAAAAAAAAAGCUAUGUAAUCUUUUUUUUGUAUUUUUUUUCCCCAUCACUUACAAAUCUUCAACAUCUGAAUAUCUGUCAUCAGGGCAUUUUUUGUCAAUCAGGCCGCAAGAUGUUUGGAGCUUUUUGACGGGCAUUACAUGAGUCACACAGAGAGAGAGAGAGAGAGAGAGAGAGAGAGAGAGGAAAAAAGAUGCUGUUAGCGUGACACACUAUUUAAAACCGGAUACGUACAGUAAGUAUUGUAUGACUUGCAGAUGCUAAUUAUGGUAGCGACAGACGAGACUUAAAACUAUUGCCGAGUCACAGAUGUAGCCUGAUGAUACAUGUGUAGAAGUCGGCUCUGUGGCGGUCGACCCUAGAUUGGAAAAAACUUGACGACGAGCUGCCAGUGACGAAAAACGUACACGUCCGUGGAUUUCAGUGAUAUCCUGAAGACCUUUUUUUAAAUUCACGACACGAUGCUGAAUAGUGUGUUAACGUGCAAGUCCAACUCAUUUUUACUUUGUAUUAAAUAUUCUUUUGCAAAACAUUUUGAAGUAUUACACAUCAAUGCAUAGACUUACCAUGCAUAAAUAUAUAUUGAGGAUUUUUACUGUGUGUAUAAUGUGUAUAUAUAACAUUUAUAUAUAGUACUGUUGUAAUAAGUAACAUGGUAUUGCAAUUAGUGGACAAAAGGUGGCACUGUUAGGACACCUUUCUGCUGCAUUGAGCUGUUCAGUUCUGGACAUUUACCACAGAGACCCAUUAAAGCUGAGCAAUGAUUCAACCUC